GUAGAUGAAUUAAAUGUCGUUCAGUUAACACGUGCUUUAGUGAUUCUCCGCGCUUACAGAGCCCUCAUUAUUUAUGAGUUAGUACGGACGAAGCAUACCACUAUAUUUAUUUGAAGUUAAAAUAUAUAGAAUAAGUAACGAUUAAUAUUUCAUUUAAACGUGCGUAGUUGGACAGAAUGGACAUUUAGAAUUUGUUAGGGCCAGGAAAUCAAUAGACGUAAAAAAAAAAUCGCGUUUGUUGUGUAUUGUUUCGCUUUAUUUCCGUAAUACACAUCAAUAUUGACAUUUCAAACACUCCAUGUACACGCAAGUUUACCACAAUUUAUCGCCUGCCCUCACAGUACCCUCUUGUACAGACCAACGAAUUAUUUACCGACUUGUAAAUUACUCGUGAAGAUAUCGAUUUUGGCUUCUAUUUGUUUGAUUUGCUUAUUUGCAGACCACUUUGAAACGGGCGAAAAAAUAAUCGAAUGAUCUGUUUUGCGGGCAUUCUGUCAUCUGAUGAACAAUGCUGUCAAAUCUUACAAUUUAGGCCGACUAAAUUCAAGGAACUGGAGAAGAGUGUUGAGGGAGUUUCUAACAUUUAUGGUGAUACUUGAAAUUUUCCGUUUGACUUUUUUGGUUUUAUUUUUUCCUAGUUACAAACUAUUUUACUGUCCAACAAUGAACCGAGAACAGCGAAAGCGAAUCACACAAAACAUCACAAAUUUGAAAGAGCGCCUCGUGGACCUCGACCCCAUCAUUGACAGGCUGAUAGAGAAGGAUGUGUUUACCUUGGAACACCGAGAGAGGAUAGAACAUGUGAGCCCCUGUAUCCCGCAGAAGAAAUUCAAUGAAUUCAUCCAACUGCUGCUGUCCUCCCCGGAACCUAACACCUACUUUGUGUUUUUGGAGGCCCUGAACGAGGAGAGACACCAUUAUAUGGCAGAGAGACUGCAGAACACGGUCAUAAGCGGGACAUCACCUGUCCGCAGUUCCACCUACGGUAGAAACCGCGCCAGAUCUAGAGUCACCUCAGCAAUGUGCAAUCGGUCGUACGACUACUCAGGAGCGUCAGGACCUGGGGUCUAUAAUCAUGGAGGAGGAGCUGCAAUGGAGCAAAUGAUAUCUCGUCUACUUUCAGACUUUGGAGAGAAAAUGAAUUCUACUAUCUCCCAUUCCAUGCAGAAAAUGACAGCAGACGACAAACAAGAAAUGGAAAAGCGUAUGGACGAGAAACUUGAUUCAUUCAAGAAAGAGUGGGAAGAUGAAAAGAUGAGUAUGUUGAAAAUGAAUGAAACUGCCAUUAGAAAUUUACAAACAAGUGUUGAGAAAUUAAGAAGAUCGAAUGAAGAAUAUAACAGACUUUCGGAUAAAUACGAAAAACUAAAAGGGGUUCAGAAAGAAAUGCGCGAGAAAGAAAAUGAAAGAUGGCAAAGAUUGUCACAAGCCAAUGCAGAAAGGACACAGUUAAAAGUAGCUAACGAAGAUUUAAAAUCGCAAAUUGAAAAACUACAGGAAAGAGUAGCCACUUUGGAGGGUGAGAACAACCUUCUAAAAGAAAGAGACUGUCAAAGUCAACUAGAUUUAGAACACCUUGCCAUAGAGAACAAAACCCUCAUACAGGAACUAGAUGAGAAGGACAAGGAAAGAUUGGCUCUGAGGAAAGAGGUGGAGAUGGCAUACAGUCGUAUCAGCGAUGUCGUAAAAUUUCAGAAAGAGAAAUCAGAGUUGGAGGACAUCACCUACAAAAGCGCUCUGGAGAAGCAGUCUGAAAAAUUGAACGAGAUAUUUGAGGUGGUGAAUUCUCUCAAUGCCAAAGAUAGGCCAAGAGUUUCAUCUCGUAAUCUUUAUAUCGGCGGGACUGGUGUUACUAAGAUAUUGAGUAAACAAGCUGAAAAGAAGUGACGCUAGGAUAUAUAUCGACAUUGGACAGACUGUCAAUUUUGCAUGUCACAUGUUGAAUUCCUUAUCUCUCUUGUUGGAGAUCGGGUGAUAUCAGAUCAAUAUACAUUUAAAGUAUAUAUAUUUGCAUGACCUUAAAUGAUAGUACUAAUUGCACACGCGUAAAAAUGCAAUAAGAUAAAUAUUUUAGAAUGCAGAUUAUUUUUCCUCUUCAUUUAACCUAAAACGAAAUGAAAAUACUGAAUUAUUUAAAUAGAGAAUUUUCUUAAUCCAUUGGAUAUUACAGGUAUAUAUUGAUCAUGCAUACGACGUGUAAGGUUUGGUUCUCAUCAAUGUUUUUGUAUUUAUGUGUGUAAAAUUGAAUUUUGAAAAGUUCUAUUGUAGCAAAGCUUAUAAUAAACUGCGGCUAUAUUUUAACAUACAUGUAUGAAAAGUGCAUACAACGUGUAAGGUUUGGUUCUCAUCAAUGUUUUUGUAUUUAUGUGUGUAAAAUUGAAUUUUGAAAAGUUCUAUUGUAGCAAAGCUUAUAAUAAACUGCGGCUAUAUUUUAACAUACAUGUAUGAAAAGUGCAUACAACGUGUAAGGUUUGGUUCUCAUCAAUGUUUUUGUAUUUAUGUGUGUAAAAUUGAAUUUUGAAAAGUUCUAUUGUAGCAAAGCUCAUAAUAAACUGCGGCUAUAUUUUAACAUACAUGUAUGAAAAGUGCAUACAACGUGUAAGGUUUGGUUCUCAUCAAUGUUUUUGUAUUUAUGUGUGUAAAAUUGAAUUUUGAAAAGUUCUAUUGUAGCAAAGCUCAUAAUAAACUGCGGCUAUAUUUUAACAUAUGAAAA